UCCUCCUCUCCCCUCGGUGAUCCCGGAUCCCUCCUCCUUCCCCUCGGUGAUCCCGGGCCCCUCCUCCUUGCCCUCAGUGAUCCCGGACUUCUCCGCUGACCCGGCUCCCCGGCUCCCUGUUGGACUCGGACUCCUCCUUUCUCCUCUCCGGAUCCCGGAUCCCUCCUCCUUUCUCUCGUCCCCCCCCCACCCUCCCCGCGUCCCUUCCUGGCCCCCGCUGCCCGGACCAUGCGCCCGCCCGGGGGCCCCCGGGGUCAGAGGCUCCGGCCCCUGCUCGGGCUCGGCCUCCUGCUCUUGCUGUCCCGGGCCUCCCUCUCAGCCGCCCCCUCCUCCCCGCACAACCACAAGCCGUGCACGGUCUGCAGGAACAUCGUGGAUCAGUUCUACAAGGGCUUGGCAGAUACCGAAAAGAAAAACUUUGGUGGUGGAAACACAGCUUGGGAGGAGAAGACGUUAUCGAAAUACGAGUCUAGUGAAAUCCGGCUCCUAGAAAUCAUCGAAACCCUGUGCGAGAGCGACGCUUUCGAUUGUAACAAUAUGGUGGAAAAUAACGAAGAACACCUCGAGGAUUGGUGGUUCAACCAGAAGAAGAACUACCCCGACUUAUUUACGUGGUUUUGUGUGGAAACUCUAAAAGUGUGCUGCCCUCCUGGAACCUAUGGCCCAGAGUGCCUCGAGUGUCCCGGGGGGUCCAAGCGGCCAUGCGGGGGAAAUGGCUAUUGCAACGGCGACGGGACUCGCGGCGGGGACGGCAAGUGCAAGUGUCACCUGGGCUACACGGGGCCACUGUGCAUGGACUGUGUGGAGGGCUACUUCAGCACCUGGAGGAACGAGACCCACUCCGUCUGCAUAGUGUGUGACCGAGCCUGUAAGAACUGCACCGGCCCGACCGCCAGCGACUGCGGAGAGUGUGAAGUCGGCUGGGUCUGGAUGGGAGAUACCUGCGGAGAUGUGAACGAGUGCGCGGCAGAAACUCCUGCUUGUGACGAGGGCUUCUACUGCCUCAACAACAACGGCUCAUACUCCUGCAAAGAGUGUGACCCCAGUUGUUCGGGCUGUGAGGGCGAGGGCCCGGAACACUGCAUCAACUGUACAGCCGGUUAUGCACAGGAAGAUGGCGCCUGUCGAGAUGUAGAUGAGUGCUCCCUCCCGGAGAAGGCGUGUGAACAGGAGCACCAGAAGUGCUUCAACACUCCAGGCAGCUAUGCCUGCGCCUGUGCCGAGGGCUUCCAGGAGAAAGACGGCACCUGUGUGCCCUCCGAAGACACCCCGGAAGAUGAAGAACCAAAGGAAACUCCAAAACCGUCCCACGAAGACCUGUGAGCCGCCUCCCCAAACCCAAGACCUGAUCGCCAACGUAAAUUAUUCAAACGAAAACAGCCUUUGGUGGGAAUCCCCCAGAAAUCUCAGCCACCCACCGGAUCAUCGAGCACCUGACCACCUGCCCACAUUGGGGGAGAAAACCUUCAUUGGGACGGGCCCUUUCUAAAGCUGCGUUUUCUCUUGUUCAUAAAGAACUAUAUUGUCGUAUAUUUUGAUAACUAUUCUUUGUAAUAAAACUGACUAUGGAAGGUGGACCAGAAUAGAAGGUUAAGUGUAUUUACUCACUAAAAGACCAACCAAACUUAAAUUCCCAAAUCCCAGAUUUUGGGGGGAAAAAAAGUCUCUAUGGGAUUCACUUUUGGCCUCUUCCUUGGCAGUUGGGAAGAAAGCAAAUGGAUGAUGCCGAGCGCCAUGUUGGGCAAUUUUGUGCCAUUCCCCAGUAAAGUGGUUCUUGAUAUAAAUUCACAUUUUUUACUUCACACUUGCCCAUUGGAGUAUUUGAUGGGCUGUUAAGGCAGUGGGUAUUUAUAAUGUUCCCUAACAACAGGUACCAGCCGUUUUUUCUAAAAUUUUUAUUAAUUUUUUUUUUUACAUUUCCAUAUUUUUUUCUAGUCUCUCUCCCAAACAGGCAUUCAUAUAACAACUAAUACCUUUUAGAGAUAAAAAGAGAUGAAGACUCAACACCACUGAUCAUUGGAAAAAGCCUGGAAACAUUCAGUGUAUGAGCACCUUCCAUUGUCAUGAAGGCUGAAUUUGGGGGCCUCCUCUCAUCGCUCCGUUCAAGCCCUGGUUGAGCUUUAUCAUUUUGUUAUCUCACUUCUGAUUUUCGGAAAUGUCGUUCUCGCCAUUGACACGUAGAGUGCUUUCUUGACUCUGCUGAUUUCCUUCUGCAUCAGUUCAUAGAGGAGGUCUUCUAAAGGUAUCUCUCUUCACAUUCAUCAUUUCUUAAUAGUAUUUUAUUUUUUCAAGUACACGCAGAGAGAGUUUUCAACAUUCACCUUUGAAAAACCUUGCGUUCCAAUUUUUUCCCCCUCUAUCCAUCCCUUUCUGCAACCCGAGACAGCAAGCAAUGUGAUACAGGUUAAACAUGUAUGAUUCUACAUGCAUAGUUUCUUGUAACAGGAAUAUUCCAUUCCAUACUCGGUCAUUCUCCAAUCAAUGGGCAACUAUUUUGUUUCUAAUUCUCUUGAUAUCACAAAAAGUGCAGCUACAAAUAUUUUGGUGUAUAUGGGUCCUUUUAUUGAUAGCUUCCUUGGAGUGUGAACCCAGUAAUAAAGAGUCUCUGGGUCAAUGGGUGUAGAUCUUUUAGUCCUUUUCUUUACAUAUUU